UUUAUAAGAGAAGUGGAUGCACCGCACCAUGAGAGUUAUAAUUAGUCAUACUUCCGAAUAGGGCUCUCUUUUCUUCUUCUACUCUCUUGAGUCUCUGGCCCCUUCCCUUUUAGUCAUACAAGUGUGGUGAAACAUGGAGAAGAGCCAUUCAUCAUCAAGUUUGGUUAGGACAAAAUCGGAUCAAUUUCUGGAGACGGUGGCGGCAGCAUUUAAGUCAUCAUCGAGCGAUGGGGCCGGGGCAGCCGUGGAGAGCGGCGGGACACUGUCGAGAAAGUCUAGUAGGCGGAUGAUGGCGGCAUCACCAGGGCGUACUAGUAGUAGCAGCAAAAACACACACAUUAGGAAGUCAAGGAGUGCCCAAAUUAAGCUGGAUUUGGAUGAUGUCAGCAGCGGCGCCGCCCUAAGCCGAGCCUCUAGUGCCAGCUUAGGCUUGUCAUUCUCCUUCACCGGCUUCACCAUGCCUCCUGAGGACAUAGAUGACUCAAAGCCGUUUAGCGACGAUGAUAUACCUGAGGAUCUUGAAGCUGGCACACGUAGGCCGAAGUUUCAAACAGAACCAACAUUGCCACUUUAUCUCAAGUUCACAGAUGUGUCAUACAAGGUAAUUCUCAAAGGAAUGAGGACAAGUGAGGAGAAAGAUAUUUUAAAUGGGAUCACUGGUUCAGUGAAUCCUGGGGAGGUUUUGGCAUUGAUGGGACCUUCAGGAAGUGGAAAGACAACACUUCUAAAUCUACUUGGUGGCAGAUUGAUUCAGCCCACUGUUCGUGGUUCAAUUACUUACAAUGAUCAUCCUUAUUCCAAGUUCCUAAAAAGCAGGAUAGGAUUUGUGACUCAAGACGAUGUCCUAUUUCCUCACCUUACAGUGAAGGAAACAUUGACUUAUGCAGCCCUGCUACGACUCCCAAAGACACUGACAAAAGAGCAAAAGGAAAAACGAGCAAUAGAUGUCAUUCAUGAGCUAGGCUUGGAGAGGUGCCAAGACACUAUGAUUGGUGGCUCCUUUGUUCGUGGAGUGUCAGGCGGAGAGAGGAAAAGAGUUUCUAUUGGCAAUGAGAUUAUAAUCAACCCGUCCCUUUUGUUUCUUGAUGAACCAACCUCUGGCUUAGAUUCUACUACUGCUAUGAGAACUGUCCAGUUGUUACAAGACAUUGCAGAGGCUGGAAAAACAGUGGUAACAACAAUUCAUCAGCCAUCAAGUAGACUCUUCCACAAAUUUGACAAGUUGAUCCUUCUAGGGAAAGGAAGCUUGCUCUACUUUGGAAAAGCAUCAGAAGCAACGGUGUAUUUCUCAUCUAUUGGAUGUUCCCCUCUAAUUGCCAUGAAUCCAGCAGAGUUCUUGCUAGACCUCGCAAAUGGAAACCUAAAUGAUGUCUCAGUACCAUCAGAGUUGGAUGACAAAGUGCAAAUGGGAAAUUCAGAUACUGAAACAAGGAACGGGAAACCGUCUCCUGCCAUAGUGCAUGAGUAUCUUGUGGAAGCCUAUGAGACAAAAGUUGCCGACAAGGAAAAGAAGAAACUUAUGGAUCCUAUACCCCUCGACGAAGAAGUGAAAUCGAAGGUGUCUUCUCCGAAGAGACAAUGGGGUGCAAGCUGGUGGGAACAGUAUUCCAUACUGUUCUGCAGAGGAAUCAAAGAACGGCGGCAUGAUUAUUUUAGCUGGUUAAGAAUUACCCAAGUUCUCUCAACGGCAUUUAUCUUGGGAUUACUAUGGUGGCAGUCUGAUAGUAAGAGCCACAAAGGCCUGCAAGAUCAGGCAGGACUGCUUUUCUUCAUUGCAGUCUUCUGGGGAUUCUUUCCUGUCUUCACAUCAAUCUUCACAUUCCCUCAAGAAAGAGCCAUGCUAAGUAAAGAACGAGCAGCCGACAUGUACAGACUAAGUGCAUAUUUUGUGGCUAGGACUACAAGUGACCUUCCACUUGACCUUAUACUACCAGUACUGUUCCUUCUUGUUGUCUAUUUCAUGGCGGGAUUGAGACUAAGUGCUGGUCCCUUCUUCCUAACCAUGCUUACUGUCUUCCUCUGCAUUGUGGCGGCUCAGGGACUUGGACUAGCUAUUGGGGCUACAUUAAUGGACUUAAAGAGGGCAACCACUCUGGCUUCAGUAACUGUGAUGACCUUCAUGCUGGCUGGUGGGUUCUUUGUGCAGCGAGUUCCAAUAUUCAUCUCUUGGAUUCGCUAUAUGUCUUUCAACUACCACACAUACAAGCUUCUUCUCAAGGUGCAGUAUGAAGACAUCACACCCACCAUAAAUGGGAUGAGAAUAGACAAUGGCUUUACAGAAGUCAGUGCCUUGGUAGCUAUGGUUUUUGGUUACCGUCUUUUGGCAUAUCUCUCUUUGCGGAGGAUGAAGCCCCAAUCUGGAGCUUAAUAAGUUGCAAUUUACAAAGGAGGUUAGAUCUGGCCAGCUGCUCCAAGAGCAAUCUUGUAAAGACCUGAGUGUUGAGGUUAAAAGAAAUGCUUGCAUGGUUUUUGGAUGCGCAGUCAUCUCAUUACCUGGUGAUAGCAUCAAAGAGAGUGCUACAUGUUUUCAUAGGCAUAUAAGUUAAUUUUACUGUAUGGAGAAUCCUCGGAGAUGUUUCCAGAAAAUAUCAAACUCAAGUAACAGGUGGUUCUAGUACUAAAAAAGCAGUGGAAUUCUGUUAUCAUAAUUGAUUACAACUAUUAUGUAACAGUAGAUUUUUGUCAAUUGCAAUUGAACACAACUAAUAUUUAUCUA